GUCUGACGUGAUUGUGAAGGUGGGCAAGGUCCCUACACAGUCGUCUGGUCAGCGUGAUUCUCACAGUGUCCUUUGUGCUUGUCCUUGGCGACUGUUUCUCUCGUAUUUCAGUCGUCUGUGAGCAGUGACUGUCUUGCGAAAGAGUCGAGUGAUUGAGGAAGAUGCCGGCACGGCUGCAGGUACGUGUGUGGGACACUUGUGGCUGUGCAUCCGCCGAAAACAGGGGUUGCUGGGCUGUCAUGACUGUUCUCACUGUGGUGUUGCUUGCUGGUCUGGCUGCUCUGUGUCUGUGUCUGUGUCUGUGUCUGCGUGUGCGUGUGUGCUGUGUGUAGGUGACGAUCAUCGGCGGCCGCAACCUGGCUGCCAAAGACCUGAGUGAGUGGGGCACUCCACUCCAGACACUGAAAAGCCACGCCACCGAAUGGCAUGACACAAGUGUGUGGUCUUAUGUGCGUCAGGUGGCACGUCGGACCCCUAUGUCAAGCUGAAAUGGUCCGGACAGGAAUACAAGACCGAUAAGGUGGGUGCGAAGGACAGACAGACAGACAGAGACAGACACUCGUGUAUGUCAUUGAUCGAUUGAGUGGUGGGUGUGUGACCCCUGUCCUGUGCAGGUCAAGAAGCCACCGCAAAAGCCGCACAGUGCCUCUGCGUGUUGUGCGCCUUUUCGGAUGUGUGGUCUUGGUGGUGCUCGUAUCAUGCAUCAUCAGGUCAAGAAGUCCCUGAACCCUUCAUGGAACGAAUCCUUUCUGCUCAACUGGGAGGUACGUUUGUUCGUUUGGCCGAGCGCACACCCACACCCACACACACACACACACACACACAGAGACAGAGAGAGAGAGACAGAUAGAGUGCUCAUGCAUCGACCACAACUGGGCCUGGUGUGUGUGUGUGCAGCCGACCGCACAGAACCCGCCUUUGACUUUUGAAGUAAGCGGACGAGAUGAGGCACGAAUGUGACUCACGCACGGCACGUGUGAUGCGACCAAUGCACUCAUCCAUUCUCACACAAAUAAAUAGGUGUAUGAUUGGGACCGUUUCUCAAAGGAUGACUUCAUGGGUACAUCCACACGUCCACACAUCCAUCCAUCCACCUGUCGACAUGCAAUGCAAUGCAAUGCAAUGCAAUGCAAUGCAUGUCCGUCCGUCCGUCCGUCUGUGUGUGUGCACUGCAGGUAGUGUGGCGCUGCAAAUGCCGCCCAACAUGCAAAUCGGCGGGGCCCCGAUGGAAGGUAAGGAAGGUAUCUACACACACACAUACGACAAUCCCCAACCACACCCCGUGUGUAUGUCUAUGUCUGUGUGUGUCCGCGCAUCCCAUCCAUGAUAUGAUGCAAACAACCAGGCUGGUAUGACCUCCAGAACGGAGGCAAAGGUCAGAUCGGCCUCAAGUUUCAGCUGUUCCCCGGCCAUGGCGGCCAGCAGCAGCAGGGGGGCAGCAGGCCAUAUCAGGCGCAGCAGAUCGUCACCAUCAACGGCCCGCCGAUGCAGCAAAUGGGUGGCGGUGGGGGGUUCCCCUCUUACCCUGCACAAGUAAGUAUGCACUCACUCCUGCACCCUGAAGACCGACCGACGAGCACCAAAUGUGUGUGCGUGUGUGUGUGUGUAUGUGUGCGUGUGCAGCAGCCGUCUUACCCAGCACAGCAGCAGCAGCAGCCCCCUCUUGGGGGAGGGGCCUACCCACAGGUAAAUGAAUAACCCACCCCAACCGCCUUGUGCGCACACACAGACAGACAGAUAGACAGACAGACGUGCAUCGCUCGCAUCGUGUGUGUGUGCGUCGGUGGCUACAUGCCAUGGCCUGCCAUGCAGCUGGGACCGCCCCCGUCGUACACCAACGCCCCGCCGGCGUACAGCCAAAGUCCACCCCCACCUGCAUACGCAGGAGGUACCGUAACACACACACUGCCCAUUGACUGAUGGAUUGACUGAUGGAUCGACGCAGCUAUUGUCUCUCUCUCUGUCUCUCUGUCUCUCUGUGUUUGUGUGCAGGUGGUGGUGGCGGUGGCGGUGGGCGCGGCAACACUGUUCAGGAGAUCAUGAGCAUCCUGCCACACGUCAACAGACAGCAGGUUGAGUCGGCUCUGCAGCGGCACAACGGCAACAAGGACGCCGCUGUCGACGAGCUCCUCGGUGCGUACAGCACACAAUGCGUCCUGUGUCCCCACACACAUGUCCCUCGUUUUUCUCUCAGGUGGUGGUGGGGGGCAGCAGCCAAAGAAGGUCGAGCCUAACCCAAGGUACGAUGGCCAUGCGAGCUUGUCUUCAGUUGCAGAUCUCUGAGCUAACCUCUCCUUUUGAGAUGGGCUGGCUGUGCAGGUAUCUGAAGGACAUCAAAGAGAUCCUGCCACACUGCAGCUACGAAGACAUCGCCAAGGCACUCGUCAAAUGGGUACGCACGUCGUCGGUGCACUCACCCGCCACUUCUGCCUGUCACGUGCAUCUCUCUCUCUCUCUGUGUGUGUGUGUGUGUCUGACAGGAUAACGACAAAGAGAAGGCUUUGGACGAGUUGAUCAAGCAGCAGAUCACCGUGGCGGCAGACCAGUCUCCCCACCACAGCCAGCAGCAGUCCUACCACCCCACACAGGGCACCCAGAGCCACCCCUACCAGAGCUGGUACAGCGUGCAGCAGCAGGGCACCUCACAGCAGCAGACACACCCCUUCACACACCCUGGUACCUCCCUCCCUCCACACACACACACACACGCCACCCCUCACACACACAUCUCAUCUGCCUGUGGGUGUUGUUGGUUUGCAGGUGUGACGCAAGCGUCGUCGAUCGGCGGCGCACCCACCCAGCCCACGGGCCGCAAGAAGGCCCUGCUGAUCGGCAUCAACUACACGGGCACGAGAGCUGAGCUGAGGGGUUGCAUCAAUGACGUCCGCAACAUGCGCCGCGUGCUGACGGGCAUAUACGGGUUCCCCGACACACCCGAGACUAUGGUAGGGACUGUCUGUGGACACAAUGUGCACACAGGGCAGUGCACACACGAAUGUGGGCAUGGAUGUGUGUGUGUGUGUGUGUGUGUCUGUGUGUGUGCAGGUGGUGCUGACUGACGAUUCCAAUGACAGAAGAUUCCUGCCCACACGCGCGUAAACCAAGACACACACACAACACACACAACACACACCCAGAUGAGAUGGCCACACAAGCACACACAUACACGGCUGUGGAUGGAUGGAUGGAUGGAUGCAGCAACAUCCUGACGGCGUGUCGCUGGCUGGCCCUCAACGCACAGCCGGGCGACGCUCUGUUCUUCCACUUCUCUGGUGCACAUCCACACGCACACACACACGCUGGGCGCACAGACACCUGUGUGGUGUGCAUGGUGUGUGUAGGUCAUGGCGCGCAGCAGGUGGACCCCUCUGGCAGAGAGGAGGACGGAAUGGGUACGCGCACCCAACGCCAGCACUCACACAAAGCCAAAGCCAAAGCAGCAGUGGGUGUCAAUGUGUGUGUAGAUGAGACCAUCCUCCCAAUGGACUACCAGCGGGCCGGGCAGAUUGUCGACGGUCAAUGGACAUCCUCCCAGCCCAACUCACCCAGCUCCCCCUCUCUCUCUUGAUGUCUGUGUGCACUGCAGAUGAGCUGCAUAAUCUGAUAGUGCAUCCGCUGCCGAGCGGGUGUCGCCUCACGGCCGUCAUGGACUGCUGCCACUCGGGAACCGGUAAGUACAAUGCAAUGACUGACAUUUUCCCGAGUCAGUCGCCAUCCAUCCGUUUGUGUGUGUGGUGUGAUGUGAUUGACAGGUUUGGAUCUGCCGUACACGUGGGAGCCGCGCCGUGGCGGCUGGGUGGAGGACGACAAUCCCUCACACACCAUGGGCGACGUGCAGCUGUUCUCGGGGUGUGAGGACGCCCAGACCAGUGCUGGUAGGGAGGGACAUCUCCCUCACACACAUCCAGACAGGCGUGGAUGCAGUUGCGUGGGUGUGCGCACAGAUGCGGGCGGGACUCUGUUUGCCCCCCAUGCUGCUGGUAAGGGCAUUCAUCCCACAGACAGACAGACAGACAGACACGCCUCAUGUGCUUGUGUCUGUGUGGAUUGCAUGCAGGUGGCGCCAUGACGAGUGCGUUCAUCGCGGCCCUGACACAGAACCCCUUCGGCCACACCUACCCUUCGCUGCUGCAGGUAACACGGCACACACAACACACAUGCCGCACCCAGAUGUGCAUAUGGAUCCAUCCAUAUGCGUCUGUGCAGGCGCUGCACACGAACCUGCGGCACCGGGGCUUCCAGCAACGCCCACAACUCACCAGCACACAGGUAUCUCUCUCUGUCUGUCUGUCUGCCUGUGAGGGCAGCGCGUCGCGUACACCCACCCUCACCUCACGUGUGCGCAAUGGACCGAAUGGAUGUCGUGUGUGCUGUGCAAUGUCUGUCUGUCUGUCUGUCUGUCUGCAGCGUUUCCAGUUCCAGCGUGCGUUUGACUUCACGUCGUCGGUGCCCAACUCCAACCAGUACAUCGGCAGGUACACACCACACACAGAUACACACACCCAGUGGCCACACACCCACAGCCACACCCAUUCUCCCAUCGGUCCAUCCCAUGUGUGUGUGCAGGGUGACCCGUAAGAGGAAGAAGCCCAAGCGCCCAUUGAUGGGUAUGGGCGGCCAGGGGGGUAUGGGCGGCGUCGGCAACAUGGCCUUGGGCGCACUGGGCGGCUUUAUGGUGGGAAACAUGCUGGGCGACCUGCUCUUCGACUGACUGACUGACCAUCGGUGGAGACAGCCACCAACCAACCAACCAAGACACAAGCGCCUGUGUCGUGUCGACCAUAUUGUUUGCGUCAAGGGCGAGUGAGUCUGUCUGGGGGAUAUCGAUCGAUGUGGGUGUGGUGUGGGCGGAAAGUGGUGAGGGUCUGUAAAGGUCGAUGGUGUCUGUCGAUGGUGCUGCCAUGGCGUGAGGUCGCUUCUUUGUAUGUCAGGGCGUGGCGUGAUUGGUGUGCACUGCACGUGGCGUGGUUGGUGCAGUCACUGCACGAGAGAGAGG